UUGACAAAUAAAAUUUUGCGCAUUGACAGCUGAAAAUUUAGCGUCCGCGGCGGUCGAAAUUGUUUUUUCUCACUUAUAUCUAACAUUUUUCACGAAUUAUCGUGCGUGCGUGAGUAAAACAAAGACCAAAAUUGUAAAUUUUCCAUAAAUCAACACAAAAAAUCGUCUGAAAUGCGUUAAAACAGCUCCAAGAAGUUUGAAUAGUUUUUUUGAGGUUAGAUCUCGUGGCAUUCGCGGGAAGGGAAUUUUUUCGUUUUUUGACCGAAAAAUCAUGAAUUUGAGUGACUACACGAUGAUGGAUGAUUCAUUUGUGCUCUCGCGGAAGGGGUUGAUCCGGAAGAAGGAGAGCGGCCCCUUUGAGGAGUCCUUCUCCACAAAUACCGAUGGGAAUGCCUCAGUUAGUUUGGCAAACACGGAGAUCCGGAAGCUUCUGGAGGAGGAUCGUAUGAAGCAGAUGAAGGGCGUGAAGCAGUACAUUGGGCGGAUUUUUGAUGGUUUGGACGGGGAGAAGGCUGAAUCCGUGGCAGGAAGUACACGAAUGCGCUCAGAGCAGCUCUAUACGCAAUUCCUGGAAGUUCUCCAUGGACGUACGAAUGAUGCGGAACUCUUUGAGACAAUUCAGGAUCUCAUACAAACCUGCACGGAUACACUGGAUGAGAUGCAGACACAAUCACGGCGGGUUUACGAUCGUUCGGGUGUUUCGGAGGACAUUCAGGGCUUGCAGAUGGAACGGAAUGUGUGGCGAUUGAUCUAUUCCCUCUACCGGGAUAGGGUGAUUGUGCAGAAGGAGGCAAUGGAUUGCGAUGAUAUCCCCCUCGGGGGGAGUGAGAAGACAAUUGUUGAGCAUCUCUAUGCGAGUAAUUCCAAUCUCCGGGAGUAUCAGCUGAUUGUGGAUUGGCUGGAACUCUGUUCGCUGGAGCAGACAUCCGUUAAAGUGGGACAUUUCACGGAUCAUACGGUGGCGUGGGAGAAUACCCUUCAUCAGCUACAGAAUGCCAAUCAGAAUACAAAUUCAACGGCUUUCCGGAGUACGCGGGAGACUGUGGAGAGUCUCGAUCCGGAUGCCCCAGUGCGUGAGAGGAAGCCCCUUCAUGAUUUCGAUGUGGAAGAUCAGCAGCGUUUGAUGCGGGAUGUUUUCCUGAAGAUCCGUCAGGGACGCAUUGAGGAGGCGCAGUCAUUGUGUGAACACUGUGGGCAACCCUGGCAGGCGGCUAUUCUCGAGGGAUGGCGCCUCCAUCAUGAUCCCAACUACGAGGUCCUUGGCGGGGCAACGGAGAAGGCGCAAAUUGAGGGGAACCCCAGGAGGGAUGCUUGGAAGAAGUUUGCCUGGAAGAUGGCUGAUAGUAGGUUGGGGGAUGAGUACACACGGGCCAUUGUGGGCGUUCUUUCGGGGCACCUGGACAGCCUGAUGAUGCUUCCGGAUCAGUCGUGGAUGGACCUCAUUUGGGCGUAUUUAAAGGUUCAAAUUGACAUCCGCGUGGAGAGUGAGAUCCGUGAUUGCAGCCUUAAGAGCUACAUCGCCAUGCCGGAUGGCUACUGGAAGGGCAAAGUGUCCCUGGAACAGAUUUUUGAGAACAUCUCAGCGCACAGGAGUGAGAGAAUUCGUCGGGAGGCUGAUGAUUACAUGAAUACCGUUGUGAAGUACAUAAUUCUGGACAAUGUGGCAGAUCUGAUGGGAAAUAUCAAUGAAUGGUUAGCGCGGGAGAAGCUAAAUGGGCAGACAUUGCGCUUCCUGGCACACCUGGUGCUGUUUAUGAGGCAAAUAGGACGUUCACACAGGGAAGAUGUGGCCGAUAGGGUUGUCAAGGCGUACGUGGAGUGGCUCUUUACCACCAAAGAUCCCCGUUUGGUGGCCUUCUACACAGCCACACUUCCCAGUGAUAUGCAAAUUAUGCUCUUCUCCAAGUUUCUCCGGCAAAUUGCGGACUCAGAGGAGCGUCAGAGAUGCGCCGAGGAAGCCAUGAAGGCAGGACUCGAUGUGGGAGCCAUUGCAACGAUUACCGUUCGCCAUAUUCUCCAGGAAGAAGAUGAGAAUACGAAGAUUUCUGCCCUGGAAUGGCUAACAUUCUAUCCGCAGCACAGAGCUGAAUUACUCUGGCAGGGAAAUACCCUCAUUCGUUCUCUCAUAGCUGCGAGGAAGGUUGAAGCAGUCAGGGAGGCAAUUGAAGUCAUUCCCGGAGAUUCCCUUGAGGUGCUCGUACAGCAAUUUGGCACGCGGGAGGAUAUUCCGUGGCGCGAGGAAUGUGCCAUGAAGGAGUAUCUCUGCCACAAAACCUACUUAGCUGCCAUUGAUGGCUUCAAUGCGUGGACACAUCUCUUCCAUAGUCGCCCCAAGGAGCCGCAGGAAGUGCCCGGAACAGGGAAUUUCACAGAGCGCGUAGCACAGCAGGAAAGGGAAAAAAUCUACAAGGCUGAACUACAGCAGUGGAAGGAAGCUCUCGGGGAGCAAACAAAAGAAACAAGAGAUCUUCUCUACAACAUCCUCCUCUUUCCGGACCACGGAUGGCUCGUGGAUCCCGAAUGUCUGGAUUCAGUGGAGAUCAGCGAUAAGAGAGACUGGGAACUACGAGCUGUACAAAUGGAUGCCCUCAGGCGUCUCUGUAUCCCCGAAAUUGUCCUCCUCCUACACAAAGUCCUCCACUUGAGCGGGGAGUAUCGUGAAUGUAUUCGUCUUGUGGAUGAACUUGCUUCGGAGCAGCAUCAGCUGUAUCAGCUCUUCCCGCAGCAUAAAUUAGCGGAAGUUCUCACGAAAGUGGCGGAAUCCUCGCUGGCCCUGAUGAAUGAUAAAUGCGACUCAUGGGGCUUUUCCACCAUGUAAAUGUUUUUUUUUUGGUCAAGAAAAUUCAUUAAGUUUUCAUUUAAAAUAAAUUUUGCAGAAAAAAAAUUUCUUAUCACAAAAA